AUGUGUCGUUGUGUCUACGUUUCAGUCUCUGUAAGCUGCAGGUGCAAAGCCAGACGGGGAAGGUUUGAGGCAUCGUCUCUUAUGCCGUGUACUUCUUGGGAAGGUUUGAGGCAUCUUCUCUUAUGCCGUGUACUUCUCGGGAAGCCUGAGCAGAUCGUCUCCGGGUCUAAACAGACGCAGCCGAGCUCUAAUGAGUUCGAUUCCGGUGUGGAUGAUCUGGAGAAUCCUAGGAAGUAUGUUGUGUGGAGCUCUGCCAUGAACUCGUACAUUUUACCGAGUUACAUCGUCAGUUUCAGGUCCCCUCGUUUUAGAGUUAUAGGUAGAGGUGCUACUCCGGCAAGACCAAGCUCGCCGUGGGUUAGUUUUGCUGCGCUUAUGUCAAUGCUGUCCAAGUCUAUGGAUGCUUCGAGAAUGAACUUGAUAUCAGAGCUGGAAGAAGAGGAACAAGAACAAGUUCUAUCGCUUUGGCUUCACCGUUACACAGCCUGCUCUUCCUUUGACUGGCCCAAAGAAGGUAACCAUUACACAGCCUGCUCCAAAGAAGGUAAUCAUGAAGUUUAUGUUUCUUAUUUACAGUGGUUUGUUUGA